AUGAAAAACAAAAAUAAAUUAUCUGAAGAGAGUUAUUUAUAUAGAAAUUUACCAACUUCUAAUCAAGAAUAAUAAAACACAAAGAAUAAUUAUUCUUUUUCUUCCAAUUAAUCUAUAAUCUAACAAAUUUUCCAAUUUUACACUAAAUAAUCAUACGCCUUAGGUGUAAAUGCAACUUUUGAUAGAUAAUAAUAAGAGUGUAAUUAAUUAAACUUAGCUAAAUUCUUUCAUUUUUGCAGAGAUUUUAACAUUAAUUUCCUCAAUAAAUAAGAACUCUAAGAUCUAUUUAAGAAAUGCUCAAAUCAUGGUUAAAAUAUCAAUUUCUAAUAGUUUGAAUAAUUAUUUAGUUUAUUAGCAUUUAAGAGAGGAAUUGAUUUAUGCAAAUUUUAUAAAGAACUAGGAUUUGAUGUUUGGUUAAAAAAUAAUAAGAAAAUGAAAUUACUUGGUAAACCUUUUUAUAUGAAAGAUGACAGAUAAAGAUUCUAAAAAGAAGAACUUCAUUAUAAAUUUGAACUCUUCCAUCCAGAUAUCAAAGAUUAAAAUCUAAUUAAAGAAAUCUUAAAAUAAAGAAAAGUUAAAUCAGAAUAAAAUAUGAAUUUUUAAAAAGAGAGAAAAAUAUAACAAAAGAUGUAAUAAGAACUGAAGUUUAAAAAUGGAACAGAAUUGAUUGAAAAAUAUCCUGAUAAAAUAGAAUUAAUAUAACAAAUUUAAAGAAGAAGAGUAACAUAGCACAUUUGUAACUUUAAACCUCUUACUAAACUUUCUUAUAGUCUUGAUAUAUCAAAAUAAGAAAAUAAAUAAGAAAAAACCUCUAUAAUUACAUGGAAAGAUUUGGAUGCUAUCAUACCUGAUACGGAUCUAAUAUUAAGUUUGAUUGAACCUAAAACUGAAUUAGAUAAAUAUUUAAACUAAUAUCAAAUCUAUAAUAACUUACCAAAAAAUUUAGAUCAUACUUUUCUUUAAAAUUCUAGUAAACUAUCUUAAAACACAAGAUUUAGGUCUGAUUCUAAUCCAAAUUAUUAUAAAGAUAAAAAUUCAAUUUUAACAGAAAGAUUAAUAAAACCAAAAUAUAAUUAUUAAGAAUUGCCUCCUAAAAAAUCAAUUUAAUUUUAUCAUCUAUAAGAACAACCUUCAAAUUUACCAUAUUUAUCAAAUGUAAAAAGUUAAAUUGAUAAAUCUCCUUAACAAGAAAGAUGGAAUAUCUAAAUGUUUAAAAGAGCAAACGAAAUUUAAUAAUUAGAAGGAUUGAAAUAAUAGUAUCUAAUAUAGUAAAAUAUCAACAAUUAAUUAAAGUGA